CUCCCUUUCUUGACAAAAAACACAAACCCACAAACAAAAACCCAUACCCCCCUCUUCCUCUCUCUCUCUCUCUCUCUCUCUCUCUCUCUCAUCCAAUCUUCCAUUUCUCUCUCUGUCUCUCUCUCUCUCUCUCCCUCUCUCACAUCCAAAGCUGGUAGAUGGGCAAGUACCUGAGGAAAGCAAAGACAGCAGCCGACGUGGCGCUAAUGGAAGUCGCCCAGUCCUCUCUCGGCGUCCGAACCCGAGCCAGAACCCUAGCUUUGCAACGCCUCCAGAAAUCAUCGCCGGCGCCGGCCACCGCCACCACCGUCGCCGCCGGAGGGUCUUAUCUGCAGCUGAGGAGCAGAAGACUCGAAAAGCCCCCAAUUGAUCAUUCCAAGAGACAGAAACAACAACAACAACAACAACAACAACAACAGGGCCCUAAACAAACUCCUGUCUUAAGCCCAAACCCUAAUUCGAGAAAAUCAAGAUUGGGUGUGGGGUCGGAAUUUGUGAAUGAUGAGGGGGGUAAUUUGGGGAUAGAGAAAUUGGAAGAGAGUUUUCAAGAAAACAAGAAUGGUGAUUUGGGUGGUGGAGGUGGUGGUGAGGCUUCUUGUGGAGAGAAUGUGUUGGAAUUUGAAGGUAGAGAAAGGAGUACCAGGGAGAGCACACCGUGCAGUUUGAUAAGAGAUCCAGAGAGCAUCAGAACCCCUGGUUCUACCACUAGGCCUACCUGCUCAACUGCGGCCAGCGGGGGAGUGCAGAAUUCCAUGCCAAGCCACAUCCCAACGGCCCGCGAAAUGGACAAUUUCUUCUCCGGUCCAGAAGAACAGCAACAAAAGCAAUUUAUGGACAAGUACAACUUCGAUCCCGUGAACGAUAAGCCGCUGCCAGGACGUUUCGAAUGGGCAAAGCUGGAUCCCGUGAACGAUAAGCUGCUGCCAGGAUGUUUCGAAUGGGCAAAGCUGAAUCCUUAGGUGUUCCGUAUUCUCGGUUGCAUGAAUCGUGGUAGUUUUCUGCAGUGAUGGUGGUAUUAUCCAUCUCCCAUCACUUUUCUUUACUUGUAAAGAAAGUAGGGCUGUCUAAGUGUAGACUAAUGAUCUGUACAAUAACAAAGCUUGUGAUUAACACAACAAAUAGAACAAGGGUUCUUUGUCUAACAGAUCAUCUGACCCAGAGGGGAAGGGAAAUAGGGUUAGGGUUCAAUGAACUAGGUCAGUUCAGUGUUUUGGUGGUACAAAAAUUUUACUUAGGUUUUUUGUUUUUUUGCCUGUGUCCUGUAUUGUCCUCCCCUCUUGAGGUCUAUACCUGUAGUGAUGGAAUCUUUGCAAUAAAAUUGACCCAUUUCCCCA